AUGCAGCCCAAAUAACUUUAAGCUUUACAACCAAAUGUAAUGGAACAAACUCCGCACAGAGAUUUGAGAUUUUAGCAUCCAACAGCUUUUACAACUACUAAGUAUUUAAUUAAUGAUGAAUUUUCAGAGUUAUUAGGACUUAGCGAGCCUGUUACUAGGAAAAAUGCUAGACUUAAGGCAAUGUUAGGAGCAGAUACUAUACAUCCAAAGAAUUUGUUUAAAUAUCUCAGAAAAAUGCUUGUACCAAUUUAAAGACCACUAACAGACGCAGAUGUCGAGAAAAUUAGAAUAAAAAGCCAAAUGAAAAGAGCUGAAAUGCGAAUGAGGAAAAGCAUGUAAACAUAAAAUUAAACGAAUUCAAAUGCUACAUACUAGCCCCAAGUUCCAUAUAGUAAGCCUAAAUAUGCCUAAGGAAGCUGUAUUAGUGAACUUUAAAUGGAAUUAAAAAAGGAAAUUGAGCAAGCUGAAGCGGAUGAACAAAAUUAUGGAGCUAUUAAACUCGAUUUGACAGCUAAUUUCGGAGACUCUCAGAAAGAUAAUUAAGCAAAAAGUAAGUCGAAAAAAGGUAAUAGUCAGAAAUCUUUCUCAGGCUAAAUCAGCAAUCAAAAUAGUCACAUGGGUGGUGUUGUAGAAGAUAAUUAGUUAUCAAUUGAUGACCUUUUAAACAAUGAAGAUAAAGAUCAAGAUUACUCCGUUCUAUUUAAAAGAUGA